GGUUUUUAGCAUUGUUUUUGUUAUUUCCUAACAAGGACGAAAUUGCAAUUGUUUGUGGUUGAGAACGAUGUAAUUCUUGGGUUUGUAUAGCUAGAAGGCGUACAGUUGCUGUUUGCAACCACAGCCACAAUGGCCGGAGCACUGCGAGCCCUGAACCUAAAGCCUCCGACUGGCGGAACUCCCUUUUUCAGGCGUCAGAUUCAGCUUCCUCUGGCUACGCGGUCGCCAUUCUCCGGCGAUAAGUUCAACGCAGCGCAUUUUACAUGGAAACUCCGUGCAGUUGCUAGAGUGGGCAGUAUAAGAGCUAGUGCAGAGUACCGUCAGGGAAAUGAUGAUAGGGAAAACCGACUUCCACAAGUUCUGAACUCGAAUUGGAGCACACGAUUGUCGAAGUUUGCGGCUGAUAAUUUUUUACCUUUAGCUCUCGUCUCUGGUGUAGUGUUAGGACUUGCAAAUCCGAGCCUUGGUUGUCUUGCAGAUACAUAUUAUCUAUCAAAAUUUAGCACUUUUGGAAUAUUUAUAAUUUCAGGAUUGACGUUACGCAGUGAUGAAAUUGGAGCAGCUGCUGAAGCAUGGCCAGUUGGACUCUUUGGACUGGCUUCAAUUUUAAUUUUCACACCCUUCUUUUCAAAAAUCAUUUUGCUGCUCAAGCUCCAGCCACAAGAGUUUGUUACAGGACUUGCUAUAUUUAGCUGUAUGCCUACAACAUUAUCUAGUGGAGUGGCGUUAACUCGGGUUUGAUUUGAUAAAACACAGCUUGCUGGAGGGAACUCUGCUCUUGCUCUUGCUAUGACUGUGAUUUCCAAUUUAUUAGGAAUCUUAUUUGUAAGUUCUAGAGCUGGCUACUGAUGUACCAUAAGUUCAAAAUUCUUUUUUGCAUGAAUAUGACACCAUUUGUUGCAGAAUGACAUUAUACCUACACUUUGUGCAUCUAAUGCCAUGGAGCUGCUUAACUGCUGUCAUGUACUGUCAUAAAGUGUGAAUAAGCAAAGGAAAAAGUGAUGCCAAUUACAUGAAACUGGAAACUCCUUGAAAGAGAACCAAAUGUAGAAUUGAAAUCACUAAAAGAACUUCUUAAUUGUAAGAAGUUAAGGGUAAUCUUCUCCAAAAAUUGGGUACAAGUUAAUUAUUGUGUAUUUCUGAAUGAGAGCUGGUAGAAUGAGUUUUUCUGUACAAGAAAAAUAGUUGCACGAUUUUUUUGGAUGUAAGAGUUUCUUUUCAGGGUUUUGAGUUUUUUUCCUAAUAUAUUUUACAAACCAUUCCUCUUGUCCAACUGUGGAUUACUAUAGCCAACCACAAUAUUGAUGCACUGUUUUCCCCAAAAUUUGUUAGGAGAAGGAAAAAAGAAUCUUGUCUUAGGUGUAUUUAGGAGAAGCCACUUCAUGGCUGGGUGACCACUUGCUUGUUUCUAAUGUCAGCCUGGGAUCUAGUAAGCUCUUGUCCGUCUCUCCAGUUUUCGUGGAUUUGGUUUAUAGUGUAAGCAAGACUAGUUUCACAUUAAUCUAAUCUGGUAGGAUAUUGUGACAUCUUUACUAACAGUCAGCUAGCCAAUCACAACCAUGUGGUUAGUGAAGCAUAUCAGGGAGGCAUUAGAUUAUUAUGCAUUGCUUACACUACUGGUGGGGAUAGUUGCAAUGUGUGUGUAGGGCUUGGCAGGCAGCAAUAAUGUUGCCAUGCCAGCCAAUUGUUUUGGCAUGG